AUAAUAAUAAUAAAGUCAUCAAUGAUGGCGAUCCGAAUGUUUACCUGGACUACCAUCAACAACAACAACAAUAUUGAUCAUUUAAAUAUUGAUCAAAAAUUUGAUAAUCAACAACCCCAACAACAACAACAACAAAAUCAUGAAUCAUUAAUAAAUUUUUAUUUAUUCAAAUUCAUUUUGAAAUGGAUUUCAUCAUCAAUAGCAACCAAAAUUGCAACACAACAAUCACCACGUGUUAAUCACAUAAACAUACGACAAUCAUCAUCAAAACCAACGAUACGUCUACGACGACGACAAUCAUUGCCAUCAUUACCAUUUUCAUUCAUAGCUGCCUUUUUACCAUCCACCUCCACCACCUCCUCCUCAUCAUCAUCAUCAUCAUCGUCGUCGUCGUUAUUAAUAAUGAUGAUGAUGAUGAUUGUCAUUGUCGUUGUCAAUAGUCAAGGUCUAUUACCAGCAGCGAUGGCAACGACAAUGACAACAACAACAACAACAACAACAACAGAGCCAUAUCGAACGACAGCCAAUCUUGGUGAAAAUGUUAUAUUACGAUGUGUAUUUGAUUUUCCGGAAGGUUUUCGUGUACCAUAUGUGAUACAAUGGGAAAAAAAAGAUGUUAAAAUACCAAUAUAUAUUUGGUAUGAUGGUUAUCAUCCACAUAUUGGUGAAGGUUAUGAAAAUCGUGUUAGCCUUAGUGGACGUGCAUCGCUCAAUUUAACCAAUGUUCGUGAUACUGAUCAAGGAUGGUAUGAAUGUAAAGUAUUUUUUCUAAAUCGACCACCAGAACCAAUUAAAAAUGGUACCUGGGUUCAUCUUGAUGUUCUCGCGCCACCACAAUUUCGUGUAAAACCUCCCGAUGUGAUAUAUGUUAAAGUUGGAGAAUCGGUUACAUUACCAUGUGAAGCAUAUGGUACGCCUACACCACAGAUCACUUGGUAUAAGGAUAAUAAACCGUUAAAAGCCAAUUCAAACAUUCAAAUAUAUAAUCAUGAGCUUCAAAUUGAUAAUAUACAAUUAUCGGAUAUUGGUGAAUAUCGUUGUACUAGUCGUAAUCGUGAAGGUUCAAUAAAUGCCAUAACAAAAAUUAUUAUUGCCGGACCAGCUGUGAUUACAUUACCACCGCCACGUAAUACAACAAAAUUACAAGGUGAUCGUGUUGAAUUAGUUUGUGAAGCACGUGCAUUACCAUCAAAUGUAACAUAUCGUUGGUUUCAUGAUGGACAAGAAAUUGGUCAUGUUCCAUGGCAAGAAUCACGAUUUGUAAUCAAACCUGGUAUGUUGGUUAUAAAUCCAAGUGUAGCUGAAGAUUCUGGCCAUUAUACAUGUGAAGUAUCCAAUGGUAUUGGAUCACCGGAUACUGCAUCUGCCUAUCUAAAUAUUGAAUUUCCAGCACGUGUAUAUUAUUCGCCAACAAUUCAAUAUCUACCUCUAGGAUUAUCCGGUAUUGUACGAUGUUUUAUACAAGCAUCACCACCAUUUCAAUUUGUUACAUGGACCAAAGAUCGACGACCAUUUGAUCCAAAUUCAACGCCUGAUGUAUCGACCAUUAAUAAUGGUUCAUUAUUAUUCCAUAAAGUUAGUCUUGAACAUCAAGGCAUUUAUCGUUGUACACCAUAUAAUGUUCAUGGUACGGCUGAAUCAUCACAAUCUAUGGAAGUUUUAGUUAGAGAUCCACCAGUGUUUACACGAAAACCAAAAGAUCAAUAUGUUCGUGCCGUGAAUGAUGAAGUAUCGAUUUCAUGUGAUGGUACUGGUCAACCAAAACCAAAUAUUUAUUGGCGUAAAGCUGAUGGUACAAAAUUAUCACCACGUGAACGUACAACAAUUCGUUCGGGUAAUAUAACGAUAAAAUUAUUGAAAAAAGAAGAUCAUGGCCAAUAUGAAUGUGUAUUGGAAAAUGAAAUAGCAGCCAUUAUUGCUCCUACACUUCUUAUCAUCAAUAAUACAACACCACAUACGCCAACAAAUGUUUCAGUAAAUACAAGUUAUUUUGCUGCCACAAUACGAUGGGAACCAAAUUAUAAUGGCGGCUAUGAACAAACAUUUCAUCUUAGCUAUCGUAUUUCGGAUCAAGGCGAUGCCGAAUGGAAAACGAUACGUGUACCACCACCAGAGACCACCAACACAUUUACUUUAUAUAAUCUUCAAUCAGAUAAUGAAUAUGAAUUUCAAGUUUAUGCAACAAAUCGUCUUGGAGCUGGACAGCCAUCACCAAUUAUUCGUGCAUCUACUAAACCUUGGAGUUUUGGCGAAAAAAUCUAUCCAACCGAUGCAUCCGGAGCAACAUAUAUACCGACCGUCCAAAAGCCUUCAGGACCAAAACCGGAUGCACCAAGAAAUCUAACAUUUCAACGUAUGGCACAAGGAUGGGUAUUAUCAUGGCAUCCGCCAUUAAAUAUAACCGUUGCUGUUGCCUAUUAUCGUGUUGAAUAUCGUCAUGAUGAUGAUCAAUGGUUAUAUACAGAUCCAAUUCCUUAUGAUACUGCAUAUCUUUUCGAAAAGCUUGAAUCAAAUAGCCAUUAUAUAUUCCGUGUUUGGGCCUAUUCAAUACUUGGUGUGGGUGAAGUAAGCCCAAUGAUUGAAAUAAAUAUUGAAGAUUAUGAUCAUAAUGAUUCACAGCUACAUUUUCGUGCAAUGAUUGCAAGUAUAAUCGGUGGUUUUAUAUUCUUUUCAAUGUCCAUUGUAUUAAUAUUAUGUUUGGUUAAAGUUUGUAAUAAAAAGAAACGAAGAAAAAUUGAAAAAUCUUAUGUUAUGGUUACAUGUCCAGUAAAUGGUAAUGCAUGUUUUGCUGAUAAUUCAAUGAUGUCUUCCAAACAACAAUAUAUCUCGUGUAGCGACAGCAUCCUUAGACAACAGUACUACAACGACAAAUACUACAGGGACUACUGGCAGCGAUCAGCCAUUAAUUCCAACAAUGCAUCAACAGCAAUUAUCAAUAAACAACAGCAGCAACAACAACAACAACAACAAUCACGAACAUUCGAUGGUUGUUGCACCGGUAAUACCACCAUUACCGACGAGUAUGAUGCACAUGUCCAAUCAUCACAACAACAACAAUCAUGUCCCCAUACCAACAUGGCCAAAUGUUUUAAUACACAACAACAACAACAAUCGUUAUCCAUCAAUGGCUGGGAUCAUUCCAAUGGCACAACCAAAUCAUCUUUCAACUAUGAUACGAUCACCAAACAACCACAUACACAAUCACCAUCAUCAUUAUCAUAUCGAACCCGGAUCAUUAACAGCAACCCCAUCACCAACAUUAACAUCCCAUACAGCAACAAGUUCAACGACAACAGCAAUGAUGAUGAUACCAACAUCAACAAUCAUGAACGACAACAAUAUUGGCCAAUCAAUCGAUCAAACACAAACAACAACAACAACAACAGCGAUGGCCGUAACACAUUCAUCUCCACGUGUGAUGACAACGGCCAUCACCAAUGUUACCCCACAUCGAUUAAACAACCAUAUCAUCAACACUUCCAACAACAACAACAAUGGCCAUCAUCAUAUGCAUUAUGUAAAUCAACAUUACAAUCACGAUCAUUAUCCGUCCCAAGACGACGAAAUCCUAUGAUGAAUAUGGAACAAGUAUCAAUGAUGAUGAUGAUGGAUGAUCAACAACAACAACAACAACCAUCAGUUAUAAAUGACAAUCAACAAAAUGAUCGUCCAACAUCAUCAUCAUUAUUUCAGCAACAACAACAAUAUCCACCAUCAAUACGAGGUUCAUUUCGUAGUGAUGGCAGUGGUCAAAGUCAAACAUGUCGACCAUUUUCACAACAAUCAUUUCAUACAAAUAUUGAUAAUCAUAAUUUGAAAGAAUUACCGGCAUUGAAACCAAUUUAUAAUUAUCCAAAUAAUCAAUCUUUUCAUCGUUCAACUUUAUCAGAAAAUAAUAAUAAUUUAUUACGAGCAACUGUUCCAAUAAUGCAACGAAAUUGGAUUCCAUCAAGACGACCAAAAUUGGAACCAGUACCUGAAGCUAUUUAUGAUUAUGGUUCAACAACCAAACAACAAAAACAACCACCUCCACCACUUCAAUUACCACCAAGAUCACCUCGAACAAUAACAAAAUAUCAAAGUCCAUAUCAAAAUCUACCGAUUCCACGACAUUUACUUACCGAAACACUUGGACCAAAACCAAUAAAGAAUAAAAAAUUAAAUAGUGAAAAUAGUAGUACAUUAUCAUCAUCAUCAUCAUCAUCGGAUGGACAAAAAACUGGUUAUACUCGAGAUAAAUUGCUUGGUGCAGUAGAAAAAGUUCGUAGUGGACAAUAUCUAUUAUCAAUCAAUCGUGAUUCUCCUUAUCGACAUUCAUUUGAAGGAAGAUGUCUAACGAAAACAUAUCAAUCAUCUAGUCAGCAAGUUCCUCAAUCCAUUACAAACCAUCAUUUUACCGUUAUACCUCAUAACAUACAAUCGGAUCAAGCGCCUAGACCACCACCUCGUAAACAAAUUAUUGAUCAUCAUUCUGGACAACAAUCUAAUACGACGACAAUGUUGAUACAAUAUGAUUCACCUGGACAAAGUUCAGGUAUAUCGGCUGAAGAACAACAAAAUCAUCAGCAACAGCGAUUCAUAGAGCCACAAUAUCAACGACAUCGAUCAAUGGAUAACAUAUCAGCCGAUGAAAAUUAUGAAUUUGAUGAUCAUCAUAAAGUUGAACAUUAUCAUCAUCAUCAUCAACGAACUAAAUCAAAUCCGGUUGCAAUGCCAUCCGUACCAACACAACAACGACCAUUGCAAACAUUAACAUCACAAUAUUAUUCAUAUCGUGCACCGAAACAUAUGUCGAUUACAGAUAUUGAACAAAGAUGUUUAGCAUUACGACAAGAAUUUUUACAUUUUCGUCAACGGCAAGCACAGUUAAAACAACAACAACAACAACCAGAAAGAUCGAUGACCAAUCAUAAACAUCAUGGUGUAACACCUUUAUAUUAUCGUCCAAUAUCAAUCAAUGAUGAUGAGGAACCAAACAUCACUCCAUCAUCAUCAUCAUCAUCAUCGGAUGGAUUUGAAAGUCUUUGUUAGCUUAAACAUAUCACCCAUCCACCGAAAUUGUUAUUAUUUACCAACUUUCUUCUUUACUAAUUAUUUAUCCUCUGUUUUUGUUUUUUGAUAUUUGUUCCUAUCUGAAAAAAAAGGGUAAUUGAUAAUGAAAAUUUA